AUGCAGAAUGUCAGCAGGAGACUGGGGCGGCUGGGGGUGUGUGCAGCUGAGUGGCGGUUACCAUCUGCCCAUGGAGCCUCACCCUGUCUCUGCCUUCCAGGGCUCUGCAUCGCCCUGUGCCUGUGGGGCACCGUGGCCCAGAAUCAUGGCGUACAAGAUACCACUGGGGACUGCAACAGCCAUAUGCUGUGCCCAGCAAACGCCAAGUGUGUGAACAGCACCCACUGCACCUGCCUGGAUGGAUACCAGCCAACAGGGAAUCACUUCUUCGCCGACCCAAGGGAGACCUGUGAUGAUAUUAACGAGUGUCUGGGGCCAAGCCUGCCAGACUGCAGACGCUACGCACACUGCGACAACGCGCCUGGGAGUUACUACUGCACCUGCAUCGAUGGCUUCGAGCCCGGCUCUGGGAAAGCCAAGUUCAUGCACGCGAGUGAGAACAGCUGCCGGGACAUCGAUGAGUGCAACAAGACCCCAGAUAUCUGUGGCCCCAACGCCACGUGUAUCAACGCCAUCUGGAGCUACUGGUGUGAGUGCCAGGCCGGCUACGUCCCCUCCAACAGGAACGUGACCCUGUGCCAAGAGCUCACCUGCCCCCCACUGCUGGGAGAUGACAGCUCUGCCGGAGCCAAGAACCUCCUGGGCAGCUUCCAGGCACAGGUGGGACGUCUGUGCAAGGCGGCGCUGGAAGAGCUGAAGCAGAUGAACUCUCAGAACGCUGAGGGGAAGCUGCAGGGCUUCUUGGUCAUUCUGGAGAAGCAGAUAAAUCUGGUCGAGCAGCAGGGUGAGAGCGUGGAGUGGAGACACCGGAUCGCGACGGAGCUGAUGGCCCUAGUGGAGAAGCUGCUGAGAACACUGGCCCUGACCAUGCGUGACAACAUGAUCAGCAUCGCAUCCCCCAGUGGCACAGAGCUGGGGCUGGCGGUCAGGCAGGCUAGGAACCAGAUCCAGGAGACCGUGACGCUGCAGCAGAGCAAGACGCAGAUGGAAUUAAAGUGGGCCGGAGCCCCAGGGCAGAAAAUGAAGGCUUCACACUGGCUGGGCUGUGCGCCCGAGUGGGACGAGAUCGGCCAAACGGGAAAGUGGGCGCAGGAGCUGGGGCGGCCCAGCUACUGUGUGCUGUCUCCGGUGGUGUCGGCCUUCAUCAGUGACCCGAACCCCCAGGCACUCGGCCUCUCCGUCAGCAUCCGCUUCAGCCACCCGGUGCCGCCCCAUUUGACUUCAGGUGCCAGUGGGGCCCUCAGUCAGUCUCAGUGGACCCCCUUUGUAACGAGCUCCCCCUCUGAGAGUACUUCUGCCCCCUCAACUGGGAGAGGCUGGGAUGCCGAUGCCCCCCAGGACGUGACACCUGAACCCCCAGACUCCUCGCUCCCAGGGAUUUUCCUUUCCUGUCCCCAGAACGUGACUCUCCCUUUCAACUCAGUCCUGAACAGCACCUCCCGCUUGGAGGGUGGAGGCAAGGACGAGGUUGUGUCGGCUGUAACGUUCGUCCUGCAGAUAGUGGAACUGUCCACGCUGGCCAUUGCGCUCUGGUCUCCGGAGAGGACAACACAGAACAUGACGACAGAGUCUCUGGCUAUCCAAACGCAGCUCAUCACAGGGAACUGCAGCCAGCACAGCAAGGUCUUCACGCUGAGAGCUCACGAGGAGACGAUGGUCGUGCACUGUAAUACAGUCACCGGGGCAGCCACACAAGCUGGUGUGGGGGCUGCUGCUUUUAUUUCCUACUCCACCCUGGACUCCAUCAUCAGUGCGAGACGUCUCAGCGAGGGAAAUCUACCAGCUGGUGGGAAGCUGGAGAAGAGUCACCUCAACUCCAGGGUGGUGAGUGGGGCCGUCAGAGACGGGAGACCCAUUAACCUCUCCAGACCCGCAAACUUCACCCUGCGCCACAGACAGGCCAAAAAAGAGGAGGAAGAGACUCUCUGCGUCUACUGGAAAGUGGUGGCCGAGAGCAGCAGCUGGUCUCCGGACGGCUGCACCGCCGUGCACAGGAACAGCACUCACACCACCUGCAGCUGUGACCAUCUCUCCAGCUUCGCCGUCCUAAUGGCUCCCACCACAGUGACAGUAUCUCACCAUGAGACUCGGGUCACAGGGCUGGACCCUGAGCUCUGCCCUCAGCCGUGGGCAAAGCUCUCCCUGGAGCGACUGGAGGCUUUGCUGGGGAAAAGGCUGAGUCGGAGCCGAGGGGGCUGGGCUGGGGUCACUGGUGAUUCUCCCUUUGCUGUGUUUCAGGAGAGCUACCCACUGACCAUCAUCACCUACAUGGGACUGACCCUCUCCCUGCUGUGCCUCUUCCUGGCCAUCCUCACCUUCCUCCUGUGCCGCUCCAUCCGCAACGUCAGCACCUCCCUCCACCUGCAGCUCUGCCUCUGCCUCUUCCUGGCCGACCUGUUCUUCCUCACCACGGUGACCCGCAUCCGCACUCAGGUGGCGUGUGCUGUCAUUGCUGGCCUCCUGCACUACCUCUUCCUGGCCUGCUUCAGCUGGAUGUUCCUGGAGGGGCUGCACCUCUUCCUCACCGUCAGGAACCUGCAGGUCCUGAAUUACACCAGCGCCAGCCGGUUCAAGAAGAGAUUCAUGUACCCGUUCGGCUACGGAUUCCCAGCCCUGGUGGUGGCUAUUUCUGCAGCGGUGAAUCCUGGUGGCUACGGAACUUCCGAACACUGCUGGCUCAGCCUGGACAGAGGCUUUCAUUGGAGCUUCCUGGGUCCAGUCUGUGCCAUAAUCCUGAUAAAUAUAAUGUUCUUUGUGCUGACCCUGUGGAUCCUGAGAAACAGACUCUCCUCCCUCAAUGCAGAUUUGUCCACCCUCAGAGACCACAGGUUACUGACCUUUAAAGCCAUCGCCCAGCUCUUCCUUCUGGGCUGCACAUGGAGCCUUGGUCUCCUCCAAAUCGGCCCAGCAGCCGCGGUCAUGGCGUAUUUAUUCACCAUCGUCAACAGCCUGCAGGGAGCCUUCAUCUUCUCCUCAAUCACCAGGUGAGACAGGAGUACAGGAGAUGGAUCAAGGGAUUCCGAAUGUUCAGCAUGAAAUCUCAGACAUACGAUCUGUCCAUGUCCACCACCAGCACCAAGACGGACUAACCCUUCUGCCAGGCGGAGUCGGCAGCAACCAGGGCCGGGGUCAAUACCUAGGAGUUCCAAUACAAAACCGAACCAGCUGG